UCCUAUAUAUAUGGAGGGGUAGAGCUGGACCUGUUCAUCAUUUUCUCUGACAAGGAAGCAGGAUGGCAGAUAAAGUUGUAAAACUUCGCGCACUCAGACCCGGUUCCCAGGUGGAGGUGGAGGGCCUCAUUCCUCAUGGCUGUAAAAGGUUCAACGUAAACUUGGGAAAAGAUCCUAAGAAUUUGGUGAUACACUUCGAUGUUCGAUUUGACCAUCUUGGAGACCAGCGCAAGAUAGUCAUGAACUCAAUGAAGGACAGGGUCUUUGGAAAUGAGCAGAAGGAAGGCUUCUUCCCCUUCCAGAUGGGAUCAGACACCAAGAUUUCCUUCACGUUUGAUAAAGACAAGAUCAUCAUAAAAUUACCUUCUGGAGGUCCUCUCUCAUUUCCAAUCCGCUUUCCCAUAACGACAAUCACAUUCGUAUCUGUGGAAGAACUCGAGACCAAGUCCAUCACACUGAAUUGAAGAAUCCCGCAACAGAGGAGCCGCCUGUCCAACGUGUCCCUAUCCAGGAUCUGAGAAAAGGUCAUAGAGGACAGAGAAGAAAGAAUUUGUAAUCCUCCUUUGUAACCCCCCCCAGCCUACAAUCUUCAUCCUUGCUACUCAUGUAACCAUACAUUGUGCUUAGCCCUAUUGUGUCUGAUCGUACCAAUCAUUUUAUUAUUUUGUGCUAAUGACUUUGUAUUCAUAGCUAAAUUUGAUAGCAGAUCUGCUUCGAAGCACCCCCUGCUGGAGGUUUGUUACAUUACAGUAACCAACAGUGUGUUAAUGCUUAAUUUUCUGUCUGAUUUCUUGUAUUUCCCAAUAAAAAAUCUUUCCGAUCUUUUA